AUGAUGGAUCAUGAUCACGAUGGUAUCAUUAGCAAAAGUGAUCUUCGUGCAACUUUUGAUACAGUUGGAAAAUUAGCCAAUGACAAAGAAUUAGAUGAAAUGAUAAAUGAAGCCUCUGGACCCAUUAAUUUCACACAAAUGUUGACACUUUUUGCCAAUAGAAUGUCAUCAGGAGGAGUCGCCGAUGAGGAUGAUGUCGUCAUCAAUGCUUUCAAGUCAUUUGACAAAAACGGCUAUAUCGAUAGCGAACAAUUAUCUCACGCUCUCAUGACCUGGGGAGACAAAUUCACUCAAAAAGAAGUCAACGAAGCCAUGGAUGCUUGCGACGUAGACGAUGAUGGCAAAAUCAACACCCAGGCUUUAAUAACCAUGUUGACAGCUAAGGGAGAUGAUGAAGAAGAAGGUGCUGCCGAAUAA